AUGUCAGCAGGGGGAGAACAUCUCAAAGAUGAGGGUACAAAGCUACAAACAGUCAUGGCCGGCGGAAUAGCUGGACUAAUCUCCCGGUUCUGCAUUGCGCCGCUCGAUGUCGUCAAGAUCCGACUGCAGUUGCAGGUUCACUCGCUUUCGGAUCCGGUCAGUCAUCAAUCAAUCGAGGGCCCUGUGUACAAGGGGACAUUGUCGACUAUGCGAGCCAUCAUGCGACAAGAAGGCAUCACAGGUCUCUGGAAAGGAAACAUUCCCGCAGAGAUGAUGUACGUCUGCUACGGUGCACUCCAAUUUACCGCAUACCGAACAGCAACCCAAGCCCUCGCCGAGCUCCCUUACCGUCUCCCUCCUUCAGCGGAAUCCUUCGUGGCAGGCGCCGCAGCCGGUGGAAUGGCCACAGCAAUAACCUACCCCCUCGAUCUCCUCCGCACCCGAUUCGCAGCCCAGGGUCCUGAACAGAUAUACAAGUCCCUCCGCGCCUCGAUAAUUGAAAUCGCCCGCCAUGAAGGCAUAUCAGGCUUCUUCCGCGGCAGCUCCGCAGCCAUCAUCCAGAUCGUGCCGUACAUGGGAUUAUUCUUUACGGCAUACGAGGGGUUCCGGCCUAUAAUGGCCAAUGUGGAACAAAUGCCCUUCGGAACCGGUGAUGCGGCGGCGGGUGUGUGUGCGAGUGUGCUUGCGAAGACGGGUGUGUUCCCCUUGGAUCUUGUGCGGAAGAGGUUGCAAGUUCAGGGGCCGACGCGGACGCGAUAUGUGCAUCGGAACAUUCCUGAGUAUGAGGGUGUGGCCCGGUCUAUCGCAAUGAUUUUGCGGACUCAGGGCCUACGGGGGCUGUAUCGCGGGCUGACAGUCAGUCUGCUUAAGGCUGCGCCGGCAAGUGCGGUCACCAUGUGGACAUACGAGCGGGUCUUACGCAUCUUGCAGGAGACGGAAGUGGCGAAGCUGUGUUAG